AUGGCUAGGCGGGCGGCUGACUUCCAGGCAACAGGCGAAUCUCAUGGUUUUGGGAUCUUACAACACACGGGGCCUCCAGUGCAUGAUGAUAUUCCCGGCCUGUACAGAGAUGGUCGCGUUCGAAAUCCAGUUCCAAGCAAGCUGAAGGGCAAGACCGAUGCCAGGAAGGGAAACUUUGGUGUCAUGCACAUUGAUCUUACCACCACGAAUGAAAUUCAAGAGCGGGAUGCGGCGGCGAAAAGGACGAGUGAAGGCACCCAGCUUGCGGCGAAACUAGCCCAGACAGACAGAUACGUUCCCAUCAGGCGGAGCAAAUUCGCUUAUCGCCCAGAAGAUCGAGAUACUUCGACGUACCCUCCAGCUCCUCGCCAUCGGACGUCGCUCCUCACGGCCGCCGAGACCAAGGCCGAACAAGCUCGCUUGCUAACGCUUUUGCGUGGUCUUCAUCCGGUUCUGGUGGUCGAUCAACUGUGUAAAGCGCUGGCGUUCUUCGGUGGCGUUCCCGGUGCAGCAUCCACCAAUGAAUCUUUUCCGGACAGUGCUGAGUCCAAUGGUCCGGGUUCACUCUUCAUCGGCUGGUUAGCUGAGAUCUUUCCAGCUCUUGGUCCCGAGUCGUUGUCCAAUUCGCAACAGUCAAUAGUGAAACGUCCAAGGGGACGACCGAGAGGAAGCAACGGAUCUGUCCAGGAGGGGCCUUCAGAUGACAGUUGGGUCGAUAUCGAAGACGCAGCACCCCCAAAUGACGGGGGUAAUGCAACAGGAACAAGGCGUAAUGCCACUGCCGAUGACACCGCAAAAGUAUCUCAUGAGAGUAGUUCGGGGCCGAGUGUCUCCAUCGGGGAAGAACCCAUCAGUGCUGUGCCCGAUGCCUCUCGCACACCACCUCCAAGACGGCGAGGGAGGCCUAAAGGAUCGAAAAACCGGCCCAAGGAUGGUGUUUCCGUGACGAAUACUGAGCAGCAGAAAGCUACUGUCACAGACCAGGAUAUCAUGCCAGCUAGCACGGGAUCUGAAGUAUCCAGCAUCAAGAAGCGAAAGCCAGGUCCUGGUCGCCCCAAAGGAUCCAAAAAUCGACCGAAGGAACAAAGAAUAGCAGUCCAGACUGGCAAUGGCGAUCGACAAUUGGAAGAACAUAGCCAACAACACGGGCAGGAACGCAGUAUGGUCGACCGUGGGACUACCGGGCCAAGCUCUCACCAUCCGUCUAUAUCUGCCGAGGUUUCUGGAGCCGUUUCCAUUAUCAGCAGUGAGUUGAGAGGGGCGAAGCGGAAACGCAAAGCUUCCACAACUGAUCCCACUGUCGCGCAAGCUACCGAGUCGGCUUCUAUUGAUCCCGAGGUUGCUACCCAAACAGCGAUUGACACAGCAUCAGAUCCCGUAACUCGGGAGGUGCCUGCGUCUGACAUGACCACCAAUGCCGUGUCUCUGGGUCAACCUGGCAAUGGCAAUGGAAUGCGACAGUUAGCUAAGAGGCGGAAGCCAAUGAAGGAGGUACCACGACAACCUGUUUCAAGGAAUCACGUUGGGUCGUCCUCGGAUCACAGCCAGACUGUCUCAACCCCAGUUGCAACUAGCUCGCAUACUUCGCAGCAGAGACCAUCUACAGAACAGACCAACAGUCGCAAUGCUAACGCGAAAGACCACGCCGAAAGAACACCCUCACAGACUAUAAGCCAAAUGAGCAUGUCCAUUAGCCACUCGACACACUCGCAAAGCACCAGCUCGCAUCAAGAUGGGCCUGAGCUACGUGUUGGCUUCAGUCCAAGUCAUGCCUCUAGCAGCAUCGUUCAUCAAGCCCACGCCAACGAGUCAAUGGCCGCCGGCGCCUAUCCCAUGUCCCUGGCGGGCGACUCGCCAACUAGCAUGUACAGCAACAGUCACUCUGUUCAGGGGCAGUUUGAACAUCAAGUACCGCAGCAACAACAGCGACAAUCACAUAGCCAACAGCAGAGGCUUCAUCAACAACUACAAUCCCAGCAACGGCAACUUCAGCAGCACGAAAAACAGCAGUCGCAGGAGCCGAGACAGAAAGCCCGUGUCCUUGACCGUUCCCACAUGAAUCAGCACCAUCGUAUGAAGCCGACUAGUGGACCAGUUUCUUCGUCAGUAGGACGCGAUACGAACGCCUUUGGUGGACCUGCCAACGAUGGGGUGUAUCACGGGCUCAUGACCCAGCAGUCACCCUUCGGCACACAGAUGGCCAUGGCAACAUCUCCUGACGGCAACUACAGGAACCCCGUACCUCGUUCAGUACACAAUCAAUCGCCAGCUUUUCAAAACCGCCAAGUCCAGCAUGCAGCUCCCACGGGCAUGCCGUCAUUCCACGACUACUCGGACCCAGCAUUCUUGGAAAUGACAGGCCUUGACUCUACGGGCCAGGCUAGCCUGUCUAUGGGACAACAACCUUACGGUAUGACCAGCACCUCUGUACAGCGGCCAUCAUCGUCACUUGGUGCACCAUACCACACAGCUUCUGAGAUCAGCCAUUCGGCAUCCUUUGAUGGGUCCGUGACGGAAUCCACGCUCAGAGAACGAAUGUAUCAUACUUUGCGCCGUCAGUAG